AUGAAUAAUGUAGACUUAUUUCAGAAGAUAUACGGCGACAUCUUUACUACAAGGAAUAAUGAGAGGUUUUCACAGUCUAGAAGUGCUCAAUCCUCUAAAAAUGUUCCUUAUGAAGAGGAAGGGAAUUUUAAAAUAUGUAAAAGUGCUAAAUUACCAAAUUCUGAUGUCAAUCUGGUACCAGUGACUCAAAUUCCUCCAAAAUAUCAAUCAGUGUUUGGAGCCUUUCCAUAUUUUAAUAAGGUGCAGUCCACAGUUUUUGAAGAUGCGCUAUACACAGACAAGCCCUUGGUGGUGUGUGCACCUACAGGUUCUGGCAAGACGGUCAUCUUUGAGCUCUGCAUUGUGAGGUUGCUGAUGUUGAUGUGUGAACCAUCUCAUACUCCUUUGAAGUACAAGAUAGUGUAUAUGGCACCUAUCAAAUCUCUCUGCAAUGAAAGAUAUGAAGACUGGAAGAAAAAAUUCCAACCACUAGGAGCCAACUGCAUCCAGCUCACUGGGGACACUGAAACCGAGGACUAUUUUGAGCUUCAGAAGUAUUCCAUCAUUUUGACCACACCAGAAAAGUGGGACAGCAUGACGAGAUUGUGGAGAAAUAACAGAAGCCUUGUUCUGAUGGUUAAAUUGAUGCUCAUUGAUGAGAUUCACCUUCUCAAUGAAGAGCAACGAGGAGCCACAAUGGAAGCCGCACUCAGCCGCAUGAAGACGAUACAGUCCGUAUUGGAGUGUGAAUCACUGGUGAAGAAGGUCUCUCAAGUUCCACUGAGAUUCGUGGCAGUUUCUGCUACAUUUCCCAAUGCAGAGGAUGCUGUUGAGUGGUUAAGCACAUCAAAAUUGAAAGGGAUUUCAUACAAAUUAAAUGAAAAUUUGAGACCGGUGGAACUGAAGAAAGUUGUGAUUGGUUAUCCAUGUGCGGAGAAUUUCUCGGAGUUCCGAUUUGACCUCAUGUUGAGUUACAAACUGGCAAAUGUUAUCCAUACUUAUUCUGAAAGGAAGCCAACUUUAGUUUUCUGUUCAACAAGGAAAAGUGCUAUACAAACAGCCUGCAUUCUGUCUGGUAGUGCAAAGUUUGUGCUAAAUGCACAACACAAACAUCAGCUAAUAGAAGUAGCUAACAUGAUGCAUGACAAUAAACUCAGAGAAUGUAUUUUGAGCGGCAUAGGUAUUCACCAUGCAGGGCUGGAGGUCUCAGACAGAAGACUGGUGGAACAGCUGUUCUUGAACAACUCUCUGCAAGUUUUAAUUGCAACAAGUACACUUUGCAUGGGAGUGAAUUUUCCGGCACACCUAGUCAUUAUCAAGUCCACUGCACAAUAUGCUGCGGGGUGUUAUAGAGAGUAUUCAGAGACCCAGAUCUUGCAGAUGAUCGGAAGAGCCGGAAGGCCUCAGUUUGAUUCUUCAGCAACUGCUGUGAUAAUGACCAAGAUGAACCACAAGGGAAAAUAUGAAUCUUUGAUGAAUGGAACGCAGCUCAUUGAGAGCAGUUUGCAUAAACAUAUUGUCGAGCACUUAAAUGCAGAGAUUGUCCUGAAUACUAUCUCCGACGUGUCCAUAGCAAUGGAAUGGCUGAAAGCGACAUAUCUCUAUGUUCGUGUCUUCAAGAAUCCAAGGCAUUAUGGCAUUAACAUGGAGCUCUCAACUGAAAAAAUUGAAAGAAAACUUCAAGAUUUGGUGAUCAAGGAGUUAAAUGGCUUGAGGAAAUACAAUCUAAUAAGCAUGGAUGACGAUAGCUUCAAUUUGCAACCCACUGAGACUGGGAAACUGAUGGCCAGAUACUACCUGUCUUUUGAAACUAUGAAGAAUUUCAGCUCAGUGUCCAGUAGUUCUUCUUUGAUGGACUUGUUAAUUCUUAUUUCCUCAUGCAAAGAAUUUGAAGAUAUUCAACUAAGAACAAGUGAAAAGAAAUUUUUAAAUGAUUUAAACAAAAAUAAGAUGUAUUCCAUUCGGUAUCCAGUCCAAGGAAAAAUUAAAACUAGAGUCAUGAAAAUUAACUGCCUUACUCAAGCCACAUUCGGCUGCAUCCCCAUCCCCGAUCCAUCUCUCAAUCAGGAUGUUGCGAAGAUAUUGAGGAGUGGAGUUAGAAUUGCAGCUUGUUUGUCAAGCUAUCUUGCUUUGGAUGUGAAAGGUUUCUCAGUUUUAUACAAUGCCAUAAUUCUUGCAAAAUGCUUCAAAGCUCGUUUGUGGGAAAAUUCCAAACAUGUUUCGAGACAGUUGGAGAAAAUUGGCAUAACCCUGUCCACUUUGCUGGUGAGUGCCGGUAUAACUUCAUUUGAAAAGAUUGAAAGAACAAAUCCUAGAGAACUUGAAUUGAUCUUGAAACGUAAUCCUCCAUUUGGAAAUUUGCUCAUCGAAAGCUCAAAACGCCUUCCAAAAUAUGAUUUAGAAAUAGAUCAAGUUUCCUUCAACAACUCCAUUGUAACCAUUUGUAUCACAAUUCUCCUGAAGAAUGAGGAAAAUCUCGAUAACAGAUCACCCCAGAAAGGAGGAUAUCAUCUCCUGAUUGGAGAUGCAGAUGACAAAAUAGUCCUCAUCAACAAAAUAAUGAACAGCUACCUUCUGAGAGCAAAGAGAUGGACAAAAAAUAUUAACAUUCCGAAGGCUCAAAAAGGAGCAGAUAUUAAAGUUGUUUUCAUCAGUGAUAGCUAUGUUGGCUUAGACAUUUCAAGAUCCUACACUUUAAUCUAUGGCCUUGAAAAUGCUUCAGAUACUCGGAAAAAAGAAGAACAAGAUUCUGUGCGUCAGUGUCACCAUAAAUGCUUGAGUAAAGCUACUUGCUGUCACGAAUGCUGUAAAUCUGGAGUAAAAGUCGCAAGUGCCACUAAAAAGACAAAAGUUGAAAAUUUUUUCCAGCAGCUUCAGGACCGAGUGUGCACGUUGCCACCACAAAUUCAAGCCAGAUCAUCAGCAGCUGCCAGAAAAAGUUAUGGCCCUCAGCAACCUGAAGAAUCUUACGCAAAGCACGAUGACACUGAAAUCUCAAACAAUGCCAUGUUAGAUGACAAUAUCAUCAGACAGUUGACACCUAAUUUCGAGGAUGUUUGGGAUGAUGCUGUGCAAAUGGAAGAGGGCGGUACCGAGACCAUGGAAUUGUGUGAAGAUUCUGAUUUUGAGAAAGCAGCAUUCGAUAUUCAGUUUGAUGAAGCAUAUGCUUUUGAUGCAGAAUACAAUGUAAAAGAAAGCUACCCAAAGAAGAUCAAUGAGGAAGAAAAUAAAAGUGGAAAUCAACAUGAGUUUGGAAGAGUUGGUGCAUCUGCUUUCAAAAGAAGUGCAGCAGAUAGUCAAGAUUCCUCAUUGCCAGACAUUUGGGACUCUGAUGAUCUACCAGAUGUUUUUUCAGACGUUGCAACCCCAUAUGACGUUGGCCAAAGUAGUGAUUUCACAGGAAAUCGGCUUACGCUCGGAGUAAUUCCACAAAGUUUAUCAACUAAGAGUUUGGGAGCUCUGGAUAAUUGUGAUCCUUUUGUUGAUUCAGCUCCCAAAUCUGCAUCAGAGUAUUAUGAUAGCAAUUUGUCUGACUUUACAAAGAAGAAUUACAGUUCCAGAGCAGCUGUCGGAAGAAGAGAAUUGGCGAAAGAACAGGAUCUUAACUCUUUAAAUGAUUCGGAGGAGAUGAAGACGGGAGAGAAAAAAUCAAAAAAGUACAUAACACAUUUUUUUACACAAGGAAGAGAUCCUACUAAUGUCAUCGAUCCGGAUGAUCCAAUAGCUACAGAAAAAUGCUUUCAAAUGUGCUUGGACAUACUCUCCAGUGAUUACAGAUAAACCAACAGACAACUUCAAAAUGAUCUUUAUUAAUAUUUGAAACUAUGUUAUAAC